CACAGAACAAAAAUUUCGCAUUCAAACGUCGGUCAGCCUCGUGUGUUGCAAGCGCCGGGUUUCUAGUCUCGAGUUUUCGAGAAGUUUCUCUGCUAGGUCAAAGGGUGACGGGCACGUUCUCCGUUUUAAAACCGCAAACUAUCGAAAAAUGAGUGGUGCCAUAAAACGCUUGAUUCCUCUUUUCGACCGGGUCCUCAUCAAAAAGGCGGACGCCGUGACUAAAACCAAAGGCGGGAUCGUCAUUCCAGAGAAGGCCCAGGGCAAAAUUUUGCACGGAACCGUGGUAGCUGUAGGCCCGGGAGCGCGAAAAGAAGACGGCUCGCAUGUCCCUGUCGCCGUAAAGGUUGGGGAACAGGUUCUUCUCCCCGAAUAUGGGGGCACCAAAGUUGAAGUCGAAGACAACGUUGAGUACCACCUCUAUAGGGAAACGGACAUUUUGGCGCGGGUUGAUGCGUAAUUCGACUGAUUAUGUUUGUAAAUUUUAAUAUUUUUUUAUAAUGCAAAUAGGAGAGUUGGGCAUUUUGUCUCCGGGUUCCAAUGAUCUGUUUUUGUAGGCAGUUGGACAGGAUGUAAUCAUAUUGUCGAGAUACUGUUUGCGUAGUAGAUUAAUCAUUUACGUUAGUAUUUGUUACUUAUUAAAUAAGUCUUUAUAAGAAAA